GUGGACUUUAAACUGAGGUGGAGGGACAGGUGACGCAGACCACAGGAAACUUCUUCCUGGAAGGAAACAAAGCUGUCGCAAAAAUGGCUAAAUUCUUCACUCCAGUUCUAAUCAAUGAGUACAAGGAGUGCUUCUCCUUAUAUGACAAGAAGCAAAAGGGUAAGAUCGUUGCCAAAGACGUGAUCACAGUUAUGCGCUGCCUGGGUACAAGCCCCACAUUCGGUGAAAUCGAAAGACAUCUACAAGUUCACAAAAUUGAAAAGACGGGUGAGCUGGACUUCUCUACGUUUCUGACGAUGAUGCACAGACAGAUGCAACAGGAAGACCCCAAGGCAGAAAUCCUGGAGGCCUUGAGGAUGACGGACAAACAGAAGAAAGGAUACAUCCAGGCCUCUGAGCUCCGGGCCAAGCUCACCAUGUUGGGGGAGAAACUCACCAACAAAGAAGUGGAUGAACUCUUCAAAGAGGCAAACGUCAAGUCAAACGGGACCGUCAACUACGAAGAGUUCACCCAGAUGGUGACGCUGCCACCGGUCGAUUAUUGAUCCUUCUGCCAUGACGGGGAAUUCACUUUACAUACAAUGAACGUGAUGGUUGGAAGAUGUUGCAUACUGUAAAAAAAUAUAUAGCAUGAUGAAAAAGGAAAUUCUGUAAUGGAAGAAAAUAUUAUUCACUGUGUUUAUUCCUCCAUAAUUAUCUGUUGAUUCUUCAAUGAAGGAUGUAUUUUCUUCGUAUGUAGCUUUCCUCUACGACAGUAAACACUUUUUGAAUCAUUGUUGUACUGUAUUAUAACUAACACUAUGAGAUGCCGUUUGUAAUUCUUUGAUGGGAUCAAAUUGUAAAUGCAUUACAUUCUGGGUACACAUCUUUUUCCAACCUGACCCUCUACUAAAACUAAUGUAAUGUCCAGUUUGAGGAUUUGUGUAAAUAUAUUACAACUUUCGCUUCAUUAAGUACAUUCACGGUCAACUGUCCAAACAUAUUAAACUUCAUUCUCUUUCUAAACUAAUGAGAUAAAAGCUGUGGAGUUUGAAUGAACUGAAAAUUGGUAUUUUAUUUCAUGCAUCUGUAUUUUAAACCCAUAUCUUUAUUUAUUUCUGACGGCUGCAUGCGGAACUGUCACCUGAACAUUUCAUUUACAUAUGCUACUUUUCAAUACAUUUUUUACCAAAACUUUUAUUUUGUAGUAUAAAGCACAGUAUAUAAAUAUACAUAUGUAAUAGCACAUCACUGAUUAAAACAUGAAUAACAUUUAAUCCAAAACACGUAAUUGUUGUAUUGCAAAUCAAUCAACAUUUAAAUGAAGGUUACGGCUGGAUUUUGUAAAGAAACAAGUUUUUCAACAGAUUACAUAAAAACAUGUUUUUAUUAGGUACAGCAUACAACCCACUGUCUUGAUUUUGUGCCUUGAAACCAACAUAAUCCACACAUUUACAAACAACACUCUUUAAAAACAGAAAGUACAGUUGUGUUUCAAUGUGGAAUGUGAAAGCCACUACAGACCUUUACAAAUAUGAUUGACCCUUUGUUCGCCCUUCCUCGACGGUCCAAUUAGUUUAGCAAUUGUAAAAGUAAUUGCUCAUGGCAGGUGUGUCCAAAGAGCAGUCUUCUAAUGUCUUUCAGAAUCAUAAAAUAACCGUUGCGUCGUUGAAACUAGGAGUUCAUUUUGUAAUAAGCACCUCAAUAAAAAAGUGAAGACUAGAAAUACUUAUUUUUUUAAUUGCAGAUAUUUAUAACAGGAAAACACAGUGGAAAAGAAUAUCACCGACAAUGUCUCUGUUGGCCUUCCCUAAUACGAUAAUAAGCCAAACAUUUCUGCUGUAAAAAGUUUUUAUUAAACAGUGAGUCUCCAAGGUAAGCUGCAUACAUCAGCUCUCCCAGACUAACUCAGAUACAUUUGAGUUAGCUAGUUCAAGAUGCUACCACGUCAAAGGCUAGUGGUUUUGUCCUUAUUCUUUAGUCCAUUUAGGGGGACCAGGUAUAAAAUCGCAAAGUGAAACAUACUUUCCCUUUGCCUUGUUGUUAUAGCUUUAACUUCUGUCUUUUCUGCAUGAUCCUGGUUCAAAGACAGCAUGUUAUCAUGUAGCUUAGUUAGCUCUAUGUGUGACUAUAGCACCAACCUACGGUGGCCCUGAAGUGCAAGACACCACAGCAUUUCACAAAACACCACAGCAUUUCACAAAACGCUACAGCAUUUCC